AUGUUUGAAAUAAAAGAUAAAAAUGAUAAAAGAGUCCAAAGAGAGAAUAUAGAUGAAAUAAAAAUAAUUUUCACUGACUUAGAUGGAACUCUAUUAAAUGAUGAAAAUAAAAUUUCUGAUUUAAAUUUGCAGAGUUUAAUAAAAGCAAAAAAUAAAGGAAUAAAAAUAGUAAUUUCUUCAGGUCGCACAAUACUAUCAGUUGAAAGAAUUAUUGGUAAAUACAUUAAAAAAAGUAACUUAAAUCUUUUACCAGGAAUAUAUUUAAAUGGAUCAACUACUUUUAAUUCAAGUGGAUCAUUACUUAUUGACGCAGUUAUUGAUAAUAAUUUAAAAAUGGAAAUUAAUGAUUUUACAAAAAAAUUAAAUAUCUCCGAAUAUAGUGUUUGGUACUCUUCAGAUAGAACCUACUGUUUUUCUAUGAAUGAUGAAAUUCAGCGUUUGUCCGAAAUAGAAGGUAUGACUCCAGAAAUAAUAAGCGAAGAAGAGCUAAAAAAUUUAGGUGUAUAUAAAGUUGCAUUUUGUUUAAAUAAAAAUAAUUUAGAAAGUAUUUUAGAUUUAAGUAAAAAAAAACUUCUAAAUAAAGUUAAUGUAGUAAAUACUUUUAAGAAUUAUAUUGAAUUAUAUCAUCAAAAUAUAAAUAAAUUUGAGGGAAUAAAAAAAAUAUGUAAUUUAUAUAAUAUUAGUUUAAAUAAUGCAUUAGCAAUAGGUGAUGGUGAGAAUGAUAUUGAAAUGUUAAAUGGUUUACCAUAUUCAGUAUCUGUAAGUAAUGCCUCUGAUAAGGUUAAGAGAUGUGCUAAAUACAAUGGUCCGUCAAAUAAUGAAGAUGCAUUAGCUCAUGUGCUACAUGCCUUUUGCGAUAUUUAA